CACUCUCUACUCCCGUCUGGUACCUUCACGCCGUACCUUCUCUUCUCAUAAAGAUGCAAUACCUCAGCACCCGUGGUGGACCCGAGAGGCUGUCCUUCGAGGAGGCAGUCCUGCGGGGUCUAGCUCCUAAUGGUGGCCUCUAUAUUCCCUCGACUAUGCCUACUCUGCCCUCCAACUGGGCAUCGGAGUGGGCAUCUCUCUCUUUUCCCGAGAUCUCUCACAAGGUCUUGUCCCUCUUCAUCCCCUCCGAUGCUGCGAACGGCGGUAUCCCCUCAUCGGAGCUGCAGACGCUCAUCAACAAGUCCUACUCGACCUUCAGGCAUGACUUGACAACGCCUCUGCAAAAGACUCGACAGGGCGAGUACAUCCUCGAGCUAUGGCAUGGUCCUACUUUUGCUUUCAAGGACGUCGCUCUGCAGUUCCUGGGCAACCUCUUCGAGUACUUUCUCGCAAGGCGUAAUGCCUCACUCCCUGCAGAUGCAAAGGAGCGUCACCGCCUGACUGUUCUGGGAGCUACCUCGGGAGACACAGGAUCAGCUGCCAUUGCUGGUCUGAGGAGCAAGAAGGAUGUGGAGAUCUUCAUCCUGCACCCCAAGGGGAGGGUCAGCCCCAUUCAAGAGGCUCAGAUGACGACUGUGCUAGACAAGAAUGUGCACAACUUGGCGGUGGAGGGAAGCUUCGACGACUGCCAGGACAUUGUGAAAGCUCUCUUCUCGGAACCCGAAUUCAACGCCAAGCACCACCUUGGAGCCAUCAAUUCGAUCAACUUUGCCCGCAUCUUGGCUCAGAUCGUCUACUACUUCUCUGCCUACUUCCAACUCUGCAAGUCCCUAUCAGUGGAACCCACCUCGCCCGACGCAGCCAAUGUGCAAUUCGUUGUGCCGACGGGCAACUUUGGCGAUAUCCUGGCAGGCUACUAUGCCAAGCGACUCGGUCUGCCGAUCAAGGGCGGUCUGGUUGUAGCCACCAAUGAGAACGACAUCCUGGAACGUUUCUGGUCGUCGGGUCGGUACGAGAAGGCUUCGUCGGAAGGUCAAGACGUGGAAGUGGAUGUUCAGACAGCCCCCGCUGCUGGCUCAUCCGAUGGAGCUCAGGCCCAAUCGCAAGCACUGGCUCAAACAGUGGGAGGUGUCAAGCAGACUCUUUCUCCGGCCAUGGACAUUCUGGUGUCCUCCAACUUUGAGCGACUGCUGUGGUACAUUGCCUAUGAGACGUCGGGCAGCGAUCAGAGUAAAGCAGGAGAGCAGGUCAAGCAGUGGAUGGACGAGCUCAAGUCCAAGGGCAAGAUGGAGGUCAGCCCCGAGCAGCUCAAGGUUGCCCAGAGGGACUUCCAGGCAAAGAGGGUCAGCGACGAGCAGAUUCGGGAGACGAUCCUGAGGUACUUUGCUCCUUCGUCUUCGGCUGGACGCUCCUCGUACCUGCUUGAUCCUCACACUGCUGUUGGUGUGCAGGCUGCCAACUGGCUCAAUGAGGCGUCGUCAUCGUCGUCAUCGAAGCCCAACCAAGUUGUGCUAGCGACUGCCCACCCAGCCAAGUUUGCCGAAGCCGUGACCUCUUCGCUCUCUUCGUCCGGCGUGUCCUUUGACUUUGAGAAGGACGUGCUGCCGGUGGAGAUGCGCGGUCUGCUGGAGAAGGAGAGGAGGGUGGAGGACGUCAAGGUGGCAGACGGAGGAGAUGCGUCGGGAAGCGAAGAGGAGAGGCUGCAGUGUCUGAUCCGUGCCACUGCCAAGGUUCUGGACAGGGAAGCAGAGAAGCAAGGCGUGGUGAGCGGGAGUGCUGGAAAGGGGACAGAGAGCAUCUGAGCAAGGUUUGAGAGGGUCUGAGCGGUGAUACUCGACAUAGAUUUUGUAGGAGUAGCGCAGCGGGUAAUAGAUAGUAGAGCAGCUACAGUACCUAGAGCCUUGCUGGCCUGACGUGCGAUGCGCCCUUGUUCUCGUCUGGGUGCAAGCCUUGUUCUACUUUGCGGGGUAAGAUGAGGGGAUCAUGCGCGCCGCGAGGCUGGAGCGAGGGGCCAGUUUUGCGCGCCUCGGUCAGACAGAGAG